UGUUCUCUCCCAUACCUAGAAUCAACGGACAAGGUAGACACCGUAUUUGGAUUGCCUGCAGUCAAAAUUCCUGCAGUUACACACAGUCAAGUGUAUUUUGUGAGUGCUUGUCUUGUUUUUGAAAGGAGAGAGAAGAUAAAUUUUCUAACUUAAAAAAUUGGUUGAGAUCAUUUUGAGUAAACUGCAGUGACUACAGGAGAAAAACAACUGCAGUGAAUCCUAAUCCGUAGCCACCACCAUUGCCACCUUAUCGUUAGAGUAACAAAUUUUUUUUCAUCUAUGUCUAUGUUUGCCCAUAAAAUCAAAACCGUUUUCAAUUCUCUCCCACGACGACCUUCACUCCACCAAAUCAAACUAACCCACGCACACAUCAUCGUUUCAGGCCAAUCCCAGUCCCGUCUCAUCCUCCACAUUCUCUCUCUACUUUCUCUCUCUACAUUCCCACUCAACUACUCCCUCUCCGUUUUCAACUCAAUUUCUUCCCCAACAGUUUUCGCUUUCAACUCCAUCAUUCGUUGUCACGCAAAAUCAUAUUCACCUCCUUUCAACUCCAUUUCACUUUAUUCCUCCAUGCGACGUCGUUUCCUCAAUCCCAAUCAACACACCUUCACUUUCCUCCUUCAUGCAUGCACCAAGGGGAGGACUCUCACGUUCACGUCCACAACUACCCCUGGUGUUCAGGUUCAUGGUCAUGUGAUCAAGCUCGGUUACGCACGCCAUGUGUUUGUUCGAAAUGCACUCAUUCAUUUUUACUUUGAGGGUUUUUCAACGACUGAGUAUUCCAAAAGGGUUUUUGAUGAAGAUACGGAUACCCUUUGCAGUGAUGUUGUUACGUGGAACUCUAUGUUAGCUGGUUUGGUUAGAAAAGGAGAGGUUGGUGUUGCGGAGAAGAUGUUUGAUGAAAUGCCGGACAGAGAUGUUGUUUCUUGGAGUACUAUGAUAAUGGGGUAUGUUCAAAAUGGGGAUUUGGAAGAUGGGUUGGAGUGUUUUAGGUUAAUGAGGGAGAAAGGGAUAAGACCCAAUGAGGCUAUUUUGGUUACUGUGCUUUCUGCUUCUGCUCAGAUGGGUUUGUUAGGGUGUGGGAGGUUUAUUCAUUCCGCAAUUGAUUAUUUGAGAUUUCGAAUAAGUGUACCGAUUGGGACUGCUUUGGUUGAUAUGUAUGCGAAGUGUGGUUGCAUUGAAGAGUCGAGAGCCUUGUUUGAUCGUAUGUUGAAGAAAGAUAUAUGGACUUGGAAUGUUAUGAUUUGUGGGCUAGCUUCACAUGAUCGUGCAAAGGAAGCACUUGAGUUAUUUCAUGAGUUUAUUAGUGAGGGCUUUAGUCCUGUGAAUGUGACUUUUGUUGGGGUUUUAAAUGCUUGUAGUAGGGCGGGUUUUGUUAGUGAGGGAAGGCAUUACUUUAAGUUGAUGGUGGAUGGUUAUGGAAUUCAACCGGAUAUGGAGCACUAUGGGUGCAUGGUUGAUCUUCUGGCUCGUGCGGGAUUAAUAGAUGAAGCGGUUCGGUUGAUUGAGACAAUGACUGUUGCACCGGAUCCUGUAAUGUGGGCAACAUUGCUUGAUGCUUGUAAGAUUCAUGGAUUGGUGGAAAUGGGAGAAACAAUUGGAAAUAAGUUGUUAAAGUUGGAUCCGACACACGAUGGUCAUUAUGUGCAGUUAGCUGGAAUCUAUGCAAAAGCAAGAAAAUGGGAAGAUGUCGUUAGAGUUAGAAGGUUAAUGGUUGAGAGAGUUGCCAAUAAAGUUGCGGGUUGGAGCUUAAUUGAAGCGGAGGGUAAAGUUCAUCGCUUUGCUGCAGGAGACAGAGAUCAUGAUCAUUCUUCUGACAUUUACAGAAUGCUAGAAAUAAUAGCACUGAGGAUAACUGAAGCUGGUCACUCACCAAAACAGCUCACCUGAGUAGCAUGAUAUAAGAGAAGAAGGUAUUCAAUUUUCGAAACAGGGGAAUGAUAGGGAGGAUUUAGUUACCAAAACAUUUUCAUGCACGACCCAUGAGAUCAUUCAAGAUAUUGUUUUAUUUAACAGUUAUGUCAGUAGGAUAAAUAUCAACCAAAACAUCCUGCUCAGUCAAUUAGGUUUCCCAAGGAAGGGAUUUAUUGAGAGGGAUUAUUCGGCAAAACGUUUUUAGUCAAGGGUCAUAAGAUAUAAAUUAAGUUAUCUGGAAUCUAUGCAAAAGCAAGAAAAUAGGAAGAUGUGGUUAGAGUUCGAAGGUUAAUGGUUGAGAGAGUUGCCAAUAAAGUUGGGGGUUGGAGCUUGAUUGAAGCGGAGAGUAGAGUUCAUCGGAGACUAGAGUUCAUUGCUUUGUUGCUGCAGGAGACAGAGACCAUGACCAUUCUUCAGACAUUUACAGAAUGCUAGAAAUAAUAGGACUGAGUAUAACUGAAGCUGGUUACUCACAAAAACAGCUCAACUGCGUAGCAUGAUGUAGGAGAAGAAGGGGGUUGGUUUUUCAAGCAACGGAAUGAUAAGGAGGGUUUAGUUACCAAAACAUUUUCACGCAUAUCCUGUGAGAUAUCAUUCAAGAUAUAGUUCUAUUUGACAAUCAUGUUGGUAGGAUUUUCAUCCGGAUGGAAGGUCCUUGGCGCUCUUGGAAGAAAGGGAUAAAUUUUCCAUAACACCUUACUCAGUCAAUCAAGUCUCCCAAGCAAGGGAUUUUUUGGGAGGGAUUAUUCACCAAAUUGUUUUCAGUCAAGACACCUAAGAUAGAAAUUACCAAGGUUUUAAAUAACGGGUGCGGUCGAGCGAAGGCUUUCGCGAUUUCAGUCGAUACAGGUGUUACGAUAAUAAUUGCGGUCGUCAUGUUGUGAAUUAACCACAAUUUGUUCUUUAUCACAAAACGGUGAAUAACGAUAUCUGCAUCGGCACCUUUCGAUACCGUUUUGUCGAGGCUGUUUUUGCGGUAACGGACCGUUUUUUAAAAUCUUGAAAUUUCGCUAGUGGUAUUUAACAAUUCUGCCAGUAGAGUUUUCAUCUGAAUGGACGGUGUAUGGUGCUCCUGGAUUUUGUGUUUUUCUUAGAGGGGAAAUAGAGUUUUAUUUGACUUGGGGCUUCUUGUGUACACCAUAAUCAUGUUCAGAGCAUUUGUUGAUCAGCAAAUGCAAUUGAAAAAUGCUUGUAUAUGAUAAUCACGAGGGAUAUUGAUUUAGGCUUGGUAUCGUAGAAGGUUGGAACAUUUUGAUUCAAAAAUUAACAUUCUAAAGAUUUGGUUUCUUAACUGAUUGGUGAUGUUCAAUUCUUCAAAUCAUCAAAACUAGUUCAUUGGAAUUUGAAGGUGGUAUAAUAAUGUGUUUUGGCCAACCAAGUUGGUGAAGGUUGUGUUGUCCAUAGUUUUCAUCAAGAGGACGGUGACAUGAUAUCAUUUUCGUGAUGUUUUUUUGGAGAGAAAAUAAACACGUAUAAUUUUUAUAUUGGACAACAGUACCAACGAUAGUUAUUUUACUGUAUCUAAGUUUUGUACUUAAUUAUGAGGAUUACUAUUUAACAGUGUUUGGAGCAAUAACUCUAUUGUUGAAGUUGAAUGUGAACUCCAUUGCAGACCUCACACCCACACGGUUCAGAGCGAGAGAGAAGAUGAAGUUAUUAGAACCAAAUCAAAUCUCAAACUUGCAUUAAUUCUCUAACUGAAUUAUAAGUGUUGGUUAUCUACGAGUAAUGAAUCUUAAGUGUCUAAAUCAAAUCUCAAACUUGCAUUAAUACUUGAUAGUAAUUAUUCUAAGUAAAACAGUAAAUUAGAGUAUAAAUUACUACCAAUAUCAUCCCUUAAUUCAUAUUCUCAAAAGAAAUAACACCAAGAUCAUUCCUCAACUUGAUGAAUUGAUCUGUCUUGAUUGACUUUGUAAGAACAUUUGCAAGUUGCCUUUGAGUGCUGCAGUAGAUAACCUCAAGCACUCCACUAUGAAUUUGAUUGUGCAGAAAAUGGAACUUUGUGUCAAUAUGCUUGCUCUUCUUGUGCAAUACGAGAUUUUUUUGUAAGACUUAUGGUUGAUCAGUUGCCAAUCAACAGCUUCACUGGUGUAUGCACACUAAACUUCAAUUCAUGCAACA